UUUUAGGUUUCAUCCAAUGAAGAAGUCGAAGGCGGAGCCUGGAAGCGGGCCGGUGACGUAAUGCAGUUUGAUUGGCAUUGAGGCCAUCAGUGCCGUUGAUUAGCCACGAGGUUCGCCAAUCCAGAGACAGGGGUGGGACGGUGCAGGCGCAGAGAAUUGGUUGGUUUGGCUGGCUUCAAUUUAAAGAGACAGAAGCUACCGGGGGUCCUAGAAGAUUGUCCGUAAUACCCUCCCCACUAAGUUCUUGGGACCAUUUAGGUCCUCAGAGUUGGGGAGAUGGUUUGCGGCGGUUUUGCCUGCUCGAAGAAUGCGCUGUGCGCUCUCAACGUGGUGUACAUGCUGGUGGGCUUACUGCUCAUUGGAGUGGCUGCUUGGGGAAAGGGCCUGGGUCUGGUGUCCAGCAUCCACAUCAUUGGAGGAGUCAUCGCUGUGGGAGUGUUCCUUCUCCUCAUCGCAGUGGCAGGAUUGGUAGGAGCUGUCAACCACCACCAAGUCCUGCUGUUUUUUUACAUGAUCAUCCUUGGCUUAGUCUUCAUCUUCCAGUUUGGAAUCUCUUGUUCAUGUCUGGCAAUUAACCGAAGCAAACAGACAGAUGUCAUCAAUGCUUCUUGGUGGGUCAUGAGUAACAAUACACGGCAUGAAUUGGAAAGAAGUUUUGACUGCUGUGGCUUGUUCAACCUUACAGCCCUGUACCAACAAGAGGACACUUGCAACGCAAUGUGCAAGAGCAGAGGCUCUCCCUGUCAGAUGUGUGGAGAAAAGUUCCUGAAGCAUUCAGAUGAAGCCCUGAAAAUCCUAGGGGGUGUUGGACUCUUCUUUAGCUUUACAGAGAUCCUUGGUGUUUGGCUAGCAAUGAGAUUUCGGAAUCAGAAGGAUCCUCGAGCCAACCCCAGUGCCUUUCUAUAAGACUUUUAACCCUUCUGACUUUUCUCUUGCUCUCAGCCUUUUAUUCCUCCCUUAGUGAAAGCCUAGGGUCUGGAACUCUUUUUGAGAAAAAGGCAAAGUCCUUUGCACAUUCCCCCAAACUGAAUGAAUGGCUUAGGCUUUAUGCCUUGACAUAUUUUGGUGGGAGCAAGGCUAUAGGGGACAGAAUUUAAAGUUAUCUCCCGCUCCCCAGGUGGAGCUUGGGCGUGUACAGAUGGGGUAGGGGUGGAGUCAUUCAGUGCUGUUUCCCCUCUUCACUCUUCCAUGCUAGAUUCCUUAGCCUGGAACCAAGAGGAAAAUCAAGGACAAGAUUAGGAGGAAAAACCACCAAGAUUUUUUUUUUUGAGAGGAGGUAAUUUGCUGGGUAUUGAACCCAGGACCUUACACAUGCUAGGUUAAAUGCUGUACCUCUGAGCUACAUUCCCAGACCCACUAAGAACUCUUGCCAUAGGCAGGUCCCUGUGUGAGGAGGUUCAGUGAAUACAAAAAUAAAAGCCAUUUUAACUCCA